AUGGCCCCAGGAGUGAUAAUCGACUCGAACGACACCAAUGGUGCCAAUGGCAUCAACGUCCAUGACCUGCAUGGCGGACCUGUGUCUGUCAAUGGCCACGCAACUGGCCACGAAUCCGCGACCGAUGCACAUGCAUCUGCCAAUAGAAAUGUAAUAGCCAAUGGGCACGAAAACAAGGCGAACGGACGCUCAUUCCCUGGUGGAGUUGGCAACGGCUCUCACGGCUCCUCCUCAGCUCGCCACGACCAGCCAAUUGCCAUCUGUGGUAUGGCUUGCCGUCUUCCUGGCGGUCUCCAUACACCGCAGCAGUUGUGGGACUUCCUCCUUGCCAAGGGAGAUGCUCGAUCACGUGUCCCCGAAUCCCGAUACAACGUUGACGCUUUUUACGACACUUCAGGAAGGCCAGGAACAGUCAAGACGGAGUAUGGCUACUUUCUCGACUACGAUAUCAGCAAAAGCGAUGGAGGGUUUUCGAGCUUUGUGCGGGGAGCUACCGAGAGAGAAGACCCCCAUCAACGCCAGAUGACAGAGGUAGCCAGAGAGUGUAUCGAAGAUGCUGGCGAGACGAACUAUCGAGGUGGCCUGAUCGGUUGCUAUGUCGGAAGCUUUGGCGAGGAUUGGUGCGAAAUGUUUGCCAAGGAUGUUCAACAACAUGGUCUUUACCGUGUCGCGGGAUACGGAGACUUCAUGCUGUCUAACAAUGUUGCCUAUGAAAUGGAUCUCAAAGGACCAAGCAUGACUCUUCGCACUGGAUGCUCUGCAGCUCUUGUUGGUCUGCACGAGGCAUGCACAGCUAUCCAGAGGGGUGAUUGCACAUCUGCUAUUGUCGGCGGUGUAAAUCUCAUUCUGGCUCCCGGUAUGACGCAGGCAAUGACAGAGCAGGGUGUUCUCUCUCCAGAUGGCUCCUGCAAGACAUUCUCAGCUGAUGCCAAUGGAUACGGUCGCGGCGAGGCUGUCUGUGCCGUCUAUCUCAAGCCUCUGGAGGCUGCUAUAAGAGAUAGAAACCCGAUCCGAGCCGUUAUCAAAGGAACCGCUACAAACUUUGAUGGUAGAACCAACGGUAUCUCUCUGCCCAGUACUGAGGCUCAUGAAGCUUUAAUUCGCCAGGCAUAUGCGCAUGCUGGUAUCACUGACUUCUCUGACACGACUUUUGUCGAGUGCCAUGGUACCGGAACACCCAUCGGUGACCCAAUCGAGGCCAAUGCUGUUGCUCGUGUGUUUGGUGGUCCAGAGCGCGGCCCUUAUAUUGGCUCUGUAAAGCCUAACCUUGGGCACUCCGAAGGAGCUUCCGGCUUGACUUCCCUUAUCAAGACGGUCAUGGCCCUGGAACACCGCACGAUACCCCCAAACAUCAAGUUCACCACGCCUAACCCCAAUAUCCCUUUCAAGGAGCGUAAUCUCACUGUUGCCAUCGAGCCUACUCCUUGGCCCGAGCACGGCUACGAGAGGGCCAGUGUCAAUUCCUUCGGGAUUGGUGGCACGAAUGCUCAUGCAAUCCUCGAGUCAGCCAGUGCUCACGGCAUCAAGCCUGCUCAACCAACCGUCGACACUGGCGAGCCGCAGCUCCUGCUAUUUUCUGCCAACUCGUCAGAGUCUCUCCAGAAGAUGAUUGAGGCCUAUCAAGCCUUCAUUCAGAACAACAAUGAUAAGUUGGACAGAAUCGCCUACACACUGGCGAACGGCAGGGAACAUCAUUCCUACCGAGCCUUUGCUGUCGCUAGCAAGGGUAGCAACAUUGUACUGUCGCCUUCGUCUAGGAUACCCCAGCAGAGCCCCAAGGUGGUCAUGGUGUUUACCGGUCAAGGGGCCCAAUGGCCCGCCAUGGGCAGCGAGCUGCUCCAGCAAGAUAACUCCGUGUUCCAAGCAACAAUCCGCAAGCUUGACAGUUAUUUGCAGAGAGUUCUGGGAAGUACGGAGUUCAGCCUCGAGAGAGAACUGCUCCAAAGAGGCAAGAAAAGCCGCAUCGAGUUAGCAGAGGUUUCCCAGCCUCUCUGCACCGCUGUCCAGCUCGGUCUGGUCGAGACUUUGGCUUCCAUUGGCAUCAAACCGGCUGCAGUGGUUGGGCAUUCCAGUGGCGAGAUUGCUGCAGCUUAUGCUUCUGGCGCUCUGACUGCUGAAGAGGCCAUUCUUGUUGCUUUCCAACGCGGUGCCGUGGCAAAGCUACAGAAACGGGCCGGUGCCAUGGCGGCUAUCGGCCUCGGCUGGGACGAUGUCAAGCCGUAUCUCAAGGGCACCACUGCGACUGUGGCCUGCGAGAAUUCACCAAGCAGCGUCACUAUUUCUGGAGAUGCCGCGGCUGUCGAGGCCGUAGUCAACAAAAUUAAGACAUCUCCGCCCAAUGGACAGGAGGUUCUGGCACGGCUCUUGAAGGUUGAUAAAGCGUAUCACUCAUACCACAUGGCCGAGGUUGGGGAGCAGUACAAGUCCCUCAUACAAAGUGUCGAAGGACGGGUGCCCAGAAAGGAUUGUCUCUUUUACAGCAGUGUCAGCGGUGACCUGCUGGAGGAAGGACAGACACUUGGUCCUUGGUAUUGGCAGAGCAACCUUGAGAACCCUGUGCUGUUUGCGACAGCCGCGUCCAAGAUCUUCCAGAAUACUGAACUCGGCAAGCCAGUACUUUUGGAAGUAGGUCCCCAUGGGGCAAUGGGAGGCCCUCUGCGUCAAAUAAUGGCCAAGGCUUCAGUGUCUUUUCCAUACAUUUCUUCCAUGAUGCGGAAUCAGGACUGCGUCGAGAGCUACCUCACAGCCAUCGGAAAGCUUCACCAGCAAGGCGCCUCCAUCGACUUUCAGAGUUUGGCGUCGAGAGACGCGAAACUGACAUACCUUCCAGACCUCCCCAGGUACUCCUGGGACCACGAGCAAAGCUACUGGUACGAAUCCAGGCUUUCCAAGGAAUGGCGUCACCGCAAAUUCCCUUAUCAUGAGCUUCUUGGUCUGCGGACUGGCGAGAGCACCGACAUUGAGCCGUCAUGGCGAAAUGUGUUCCAUCUCGAGCACUCGCCCUGGAUGCGCGAUCACGUCAUCGUCGAAGACAUCGUCUUCCCCUUUGCCGGUUACAUUGGCAUGGCUGCUGAAGCGGUAAGACAGGUCAGCGGCAUUGAAGAUGGCUAUGCCCUUCGAUCAGUCGUUGUCAGUACCGCACUUGUUGUCACAGAUGAUAAACCUGUCGAACUCAUCACAACCCUCCGACCUAACCGCCUCACUGACACUCUCGAUAGCCAGUGGUGGGAGUUCAGCAUCGCGUCGCACAACGGCGCGGCUUGGACCAAACAUUGCGUCGGUCAGGUAAGGGCCCUAGAACAUGGCGACAACAACGCUGGCAAACCAGUUCCUGAGAUGGCUCGGAAAGUAGCGUCUCGAAAGGCGUACAAUAUGAUGCAGCAAGCCGGGCUCUGUUACGGACCAAACUUCCAAGCCCUGCAAGAAAUCAAGACUGGUACUAUUGAACCAACGGCAGCGGCCACAGUGUAUCGCCCCAAGUUCGACAUCGAAUCUACGAGCAAGAUGGAUCGCCACCAUUUGCAUCCGAUUAUCGUAGAUGCUUGCUUGCAAAUCCUGAGCUUAGCCGCUACAAAGGGGUACACCAAGAAGCAUGGCAUGGUGAUUCCUACCCGUAUCGAGGAAAUCAAAGUUUACAGAUGCCAAUCCGAUGUCAACAUCUCGGCUGCAGCCAGUGUCAAUGGCAUUGGCGCUAUUGUCGGCUCAGCUGAAUGUGUCAACUCUGCUGGAGAGGCCGUUCUGCAGAUGAAAGGCGCUUGUUUGUCGCCGCUCCCUGGCCAAGAGACAUCUUCCGACGACAAAGACACAUAUCCUACUGCUCGGUAUCUAUGGGCCCCCCACGUCGACUUCAGGGACGAAGCUAGCCUUGUCAGAAGGACAGAGACUGAAGACCAGCGCUCUACGUAUAUGAGCGUUUUGGAAGAUAUCACGCAAACUUUCAUUGCAUACACGCAAUCGCAGCUCGAAGGCUUCCAGACGCCGGUUUCCCACUUGAAGAAAUAUCACGAGUGGAUCAAUGUUCAAGCGGCGGCAAAAGACCACAUCACAGGAGGUAGUGACCUGCUAAAGUGUAUGGAGGACAAGGCUAUCAGUCUGCAAGACACGCCCGCUGCAGGUGCAGCCGCAGCCAUCAUCAAGGUAGCCGGACGCAUCACCUCCGUCUUCCAAGGCCAAGACAACCCCCUGGGGUUGCUCAUUGAGGACAACAUCCUAGACCAGGUGAACAAGCUUCGCGACACGGGCUUCGACAUGUCGCCGCUGAUCCAGCAGCUAAUACACGCCAAACCCAAUCUCAGAAUUCUGGAACUCGGAGGGGACACAGGUGCUCACACCAGCCAGAUACUGAAGAGCCUGACACAGGAGGAUGGACGAGUCAUGUACUCGGCAUACACUUUCAGUGAUUCUUCUUCGGGUAUGGUGAGCGCCGCCAAGGAGCAGUUCAAGUCGAUCCCCAACAUGCAGUUCUCGACGCUGGACAUCAGUCGCGAUCUUUCGGAGCAAAACUUCAAUGGAGACCAAUACGACGUCAUUGUUGCUACCAACGUACUACAUCCAUUAGAGAUGCGGGAUGAGGGUCUCUUGAAUAUCCGCAAGCUGCUCCGGCCUAAUGGACGCCUUCUUCUCACCGAGUUUUUCUCUUCCUCAAAGUGGAUGAAUAUAAUUCUCGGCCUCUUGCCUUGGUGGUGGGCUGGCGAGACGGCCGGGCAUGCCAAUGAGCCUUAUGCCAACGCAAGCUAUUGGGAGAAUGCCCUGAAGAGCGCCGGACUUGGCGUGUCUGCGAGUUUGGCUGAUUCGGGGCAAAACUACCUGCAACGUAACAACUUCAUGGUUGCUAAAGCCUUAGAUCAUGUCGAGACCGAGUUGUCCGCUCCACCCAGCACCAUUACAUAUCUCAAAACUGCCCAGAGCGACACCUCGAGCUCAUUGGUAACUUUCUUGGAAGCUGCUGGGUACAAAGUCAACAAACGCGCUCUGGGUGAUGAAGUUCCGAUCCACGAAGACGUGAUCGCAGUCAUGGACAUGGACCACUGUCAAUCCUUUUUCGACGACCUGGACCAAUUCCGCUAUGGCGCUUUCAAAAAACUCAUAGAAACAGUCAGCACCGGUGGUGCACGCUUGUUCUGGAUAACUCGGCUAUCUCAAAUGGCAUGUGAAGACCCAUCCUUUGCUCAAGUCCUCGGCACGGCUCGCACGUUGCGGUCCGAACUGUCGAUCCGCUUCGCCACCUGUGAGGUUGACGAUUUCGAGUCUUCUGCCGGCCGCAUCGUUGAUGUAUUCCAAAGUUUUCAAAAGACCUGCGCCGUUGCCGAUAGUGACAACGAGGUGGACCCGGACUACGAAUACUCUAUUGUCGACAAGAUGGUCCAAGUGGGACGCUUCUCUCCAUUUUCUCUCGAAAAUGAACUUCUUUCUGCAGACGAAGGCGGAAGAGUAGUUCUCGAAACGAAGAAACCUGGUAUUCUGGCUAGUCUAACGUGGGCUCGCCGCGAAACCCAAAGGCUCGAAAAAGACCUGGUUGAAGUGCAAACAUAUGCCGCCGGCUUGAACUUUAGGGACGUCUUGAGUGCCAAUGGAAUAGUCGAAAUCCCCGAGGAAGGGUUCGGUCUUGAGGCCGCAGGAGUUGUCUCUGCCGUUGGGCCCGAGGUUCAGGGACUUAAUGUCGGAGACCGAGUCUUCCUCUUUAGCCGAGGCUCGUUCUCGACAUCUGUUACAAUCCCCGAGAAUCUCUGUCAAAAGAUUCCUCCUAGCUUGUCCCUCGAAGACGCUGCGACCAUGCCUUGCGUGUAUGCCACCGCUAUGUACGCACUCUUUCACGUCGGGCGACUCCAGCGCGGAAAGUCUGUCUUGAUCCACAGUGCUUGUGGCGGCGUGGGCAUCGCCGCGAUUCAACUGGCUCGCAUGGCCGGUGCGGAUAUCUACGUCACGGUAGGCAACGAGGAGAAGGUCAAAUACUUGACGGAAACUUUUGACAUUCCCCGGAACCGUAUUUUCAACUCCCGAAACAGCUCCUUUGUUGAAGGAAUUGCCGGUGCAACCCAUGGCAGGGGGAUCGACGUCGUUCUAAACUCGCUCUCGGGUGACUUGCUCCACGCCACGUGGCGAUGCGUUGCCGAGUUCGGUACCAUGGUCGAGAUCGGGAAGAGAGACCUUCUGGGGUCCGGUAAGCUUGAUAUGAGUGUCUUCUUGGCCAACAGAUCGUACUGUUGCGUGGAUCUUGACCAGAUUUGUUCCAAAAGACAGGCUCUGUGCAAAGAGCUGUUGAAGUCUGUGGUUGAAUGCUACGAGAAUGGUCACAUUCUCCCUAUCAAGCCAAUCGAAGUUUUUAGCGCAUCCAAAGUCCGAGAAGCAUUCCGCUACAUGCAGCAAGGCCUGCACAUGGGCAAGAUCGUCAUCUCGGUUCGAGACUCGGCGGAUGCUCUCAACAUCGACACCAGUAUCAUAACCAGGAAGCAGGCGGUUCGGCUCGAUGAUUCAGCCUCAUACAUACUUGUCGGUGGUCUCGGCGGUCUUGGUCGUGCUGUCUCCCGUUGGAUGGUUGAGAAUAACGCUCGUCACUUGGUCUACCUCUCACGAAGCGCUGGUGGCAGUGACGAAGACUUGCAUUUUAUCCAAGAGCUUGAAAGCAUGGGCGCCAAGACCACCAUCAUCAAAGGCACUGUCACUUCGACUGAAGAUGUUCAGAAAGCGGUUCAGGCCGCACCCAAUCUGAAGGGAAUCCUUCAGAUGUCCAUGGUGCUACGGGACCAAGCCUGGGACAAGAUGACACUCGACGAGUGGACACAAGCAGCUGAUCCUAAGGUGAAGGGCACCUGGAACUUGCAUCGGGCAACUGAAAAUAUGGAAUUGGAUUUCUUUGUCCUGUUUUCGUCCAUUUCAGGAGUCAUAGGACAGCCGGGCCAGACCAACUACGCAGCAGCCAACACGUUUCUCGACGCUUUCUCCCUGUACCGUUCAAGCAAGGGUCUACCUGUUGCUGCCAUUGAUAUCGGGGCAGUCGACGACAUCGGUGUUAUCUCCAACAACGAGAACCUGCGCCGAGCCAUGUUGGCGACCGGGGCUUAUAUGAUCAAGGAGGCAGAGCUUCUAGAAGCUGUUGGUGCAGCCAUGAUCAUGGGGCAUAACCCCUCGUCAAGCGCCAACUUUGUGCUUGGCCUUGCGUCAACAAUCCCACUUACCAACCCAAGCAACCGCGCUUUAUGGAAAAAGGAUAUGCGGAUGGCGGCCUAUCGCAACAUCAGCGGAGACACCGGUUCCAGUGCCGGCGCAGGAAGCGACAGCGUGAAGGCGCUCCUGGCUGCGAUCCGACAUGAUGAGGGAGCGCUCAAGGACCCUGAGACAGCUAAGAAACUAGCCUAUGAGAUCGGUAAAAAGCUCUUCAGUCUCGUGUUGCGUAGCGAUGACGAGAUCCAGACCUCCAUUUCCCUAGCCGAGUUGGGCAUGGACUCGCUGGUCGCCAUUGAGAUGCGUUCUUGGUGGCGUGCGACGUUUGGUUUUAACAUCAGUAUGUUGGAGCUGCUGGGAAUGGGAAACCUAGAUGCCUUGGGCGAGCAUGCUGCUGAUGGCUUGAUGAAAGCCUUGAAAGGAGACAUUUGA